GGCGCUGAAAACUGGCUUGCGGGAAGCCUUUGCCCCCUCCCUCAUCUCCAGCGGACCUCACGUACUCCAUGUAAAUAUCCACUCUAAAACACUGAAACCUCUGUGCAAACAUGACUCUAGGUCCCCUUGCCCCAUUCCAGCCAGAUUCUUGGAAGUGCACUCACUACUUUGCCCCAUCUUUUUAUCCUGACACUGUAGGAAAAACUGAGGUGAGGGUUGUGGGCAGAACCGAUAACUUGGGUAAGGCGUGGGUAGAAGGUGAGAGGACCGGCAAAGGUGAGAGGUGUAGCCAGGAGGGGCGGGGCCGGAGGGGCGAAGCUUAGGGAAAGUGCUGCGAACAAGGUGGGGCUGACAUUGGUUUAGCGGUGGGCAGGUAGAAGGUAUAGAUUUAGAAGGAACGAAAAGGGUUUAUCUGAGAGGAGAGCAAGAUGUUAGGAGAGGCGGGAACUGUUAAAGAUGCAGAGAGGUGGGCAUGAUGUUCAGACCGAGGGGGUGCCUAGGAUCCGGGUACCUAGGAAGGGGUAAGGAAAGGAAACCCCUGAGACAGGGCAGUUAGUAGGGAGGGGCGGGGCUGACGCAAGGGGUUUGGUGCAGCCUAAAAACGUCUGAGAAGCACGGCUUAAAAGAAAGAGCUGGGGCUGUGGGCGGGGCUGAGGAGGGAGAGGUGGAAUUCUUGGGGACUCGGAGGUGGGGAAGAACAGGAGAAAGCCCUAGCGUACUGGGGCGAGGAGGACGGAUUUUGAGGCAAUGGGCGGGGCUUCAGUAAUUAAGCCAGGAAAAUGGGCGUGAAUCCGAAAGGGGGCGGGGCUUAAGUGCGAGACUUAUGAGCGGGGCGUGGUCUAACCGGAUGUCCGGAUCGUGUGGGCGGUGCCCUAGGAGGCGGGCGUUCAGAGCGCAGGCGCACGUUGCUCAGCUCGGCUACCGGAAGCGGUUUAGGCUUUCCCCGUCCGCGUCUCCGAGCCAGCGCGCAGGCGCAGUUUCUUUUCCCGGUCGCCAAGGCCGCCCCCUCUUUCCGCUCCUCCACGCCGGCGCCUCGGAGACGGGCGCGACUUCCGCUUCCGGGCGGGCGGGCAGGCAGGCGGCGCGGGGCUGCCGGGGAGGGGGAGGGGGCGGCACUUCCGGUCGGGCCCUCGGGUCUCCCCGGAGCGGCGGCGUCUCCUCCGCCUCCUCGGCCUCCUCCCGGCGGAGACCCCUGCGCCGGGUCUCCCGUCGCCCGGCCCGCCCGAGAUGGAGGCAAACGCAGCAGGCAGUGCCACCGGGGGUGGUGGGGGCAGCGGCAUAGGGGGCGAGGACGGGGUUCACUUCCAGAGCUACCCCUUCGACUUUCUCGAGUUCCUCAACCACCAGCGCUUUGAGCCCAUGGAGCUCUAUGGGGAGCACGCCAAGGCAGUGGCAGCCCUGCCCUGCGCCCCCGGGCCGCCGCCCCAGCCCCCGCCCCAGCCGCCUCCGCCCCAGUACGACUACCCGCCCCAGUCUACCUUCAAACCCAAGGCGGAGGCGCCGUCCUCGUCGUCCUCCUCGUCGUCGUCCUCCUCCUCGUCCUCCUCAUCCUCCUCUUCCUCUCAGGCCAAGAAGCCCGACCCGCCCCUGCCUCCCGCCUUCGGCCCCCCCCCACCGCCCCUCUUUGAUGCUGCCUUCCCCGCCCCGCAAUGGGGCAUCGUCGACCUCUCUGGACACCAGCACCUUUUUGGGAAUCUGAAACGUGGGGGGCCCGCCUCCGGGCCGGGGGUGACUCCGGGGCUGGCCUCGCCCACGGGGACCCCGGGGCCUCUGCCCGCACCCUCCCAGACCCCGCCGGGACCUGCCGCAGGGGCAGCCUGUGACCCGACCAAGGACGACAAGGGCUACUUCCGCAGGCUGAAGUACCUGAUGGAGCGGCGCUUCCCGUGCGGCGUUUGCCAGAAGUCCUUCAAACAGUCCUCGCACCUGGUCCAGCACAUGCUGGUGCACUCCGGGGAGAGGCCGUACGAGUGCGGCGUGUGCGGCCGCACCUACAACCACGUCUCCAGCCUCAUCCGCCACCGCCGCUGCCACAAGGAUGUGCCGCCCGCCGCCACAGGCCCGCCGCAGCCGGGGGCGCCACUUCCUCCGCUGGGCCUGCCCGCACCCCCUGCGGGAGUGCCCCCCGCUGCCGCCGCUGCCCCCCCCACGCCCGUGUCCUCCGGUCCCCCCGCCCCGCCUGCUGCUGCUGGAGCUGCCACCGUGGCCGCCCCCGUUGCGGAGGGGACCGGUGCCCCUGCCGGGGUGGGCGUGCCCCCUCCCGCGGCGGGGGGCGGCGAGGGCCCAUUUGCCUGCCCGCUCUGCUGGAAGGUCUUCAAGAAGCCCAGCCACCUCCACCAGCACCAGAUCAUCCACACCGGCGAGAAGCCCUUCUCCUGUUCCGUGUGCAGCAAGAGCUUCAACCGCAGGGAGAGCCUCAAGCGGCACGUGAAGACGCACUCGGCCGACCUCCUGCGCCUACCUUGCGGCGUCUGCGGGAAGGCGUUCCGCGACGCCGCCUACCUGCUCAAGCACCAGGCGGCUCACGCGGGCGCGGGGGCGGCAGGGCCGAGGCCUGUGUACCCCUGCGACCUGUGCGGCAAGUCCUACUCCGCGCCGCAGAGCCUGCUCCGGCACAAGGCAGCGCAUGCCCCCCCCGCCGCCCCCGACGCGCCCAAGGAUGCAGCGGCCUCCGUCCCGCAGCCCCCGCCUUCCUUCCCUGCCGGCCCUUACCUCCUGCCUCCCGACCCCCCCGCCACAGACAGCGAGAAGGCGGCGGCGGCAGCGGCGGCCGUGGUAUAUGGUGCCGUGCCCGUCCCACUGCUGGGGGCGCACCCGCUGCUGCUCGGCGGGGCCGGGACCAGUGGGGCCGGGGGGUCCAGCGCCAACGUCCCUGGAAAGACAUUCUGCUGCGGCAUCUGUGGGCGGGGCUUCGGGCGGCGUGAGACUCUGAAGCGCCACGAGCGCAUCCACACCGGGGAGAAGCCCCACCAGUGUCCGGUGUGUGGGAAGCGCUUCCGAGAGUCCUUCCACCUGAGCAAGCACCACGUGGUGCACACUCGUGAGCGGCCCUACAAGUGCGAGCUCUGUGGCAAAGUCUUCGGCUACCCGCAGAGCCUCACUCGCCACCGCCAGGUGCACCGGCUUCAGCUGCCCUGCGCCCUGGCCGGGGCCGCGGGCCUCCCGGCCACCCAGGGCGCAUCAGGGGCCUGUGGGCCGGGCGCCUCGGCCAGUUCUGCUGGAGCUGCGGAUGCCCUGAGCUAUGCCUGCUCAGACUGCGGCGAGCACUUCCCCGAUCUCUUCCACGUGAUGAGCCACAAGGAGGCCCACAUGGCAGAGAAGCCUUACGGCUGUGACGCCUGCGGCAAGACCUUUGGCUUCAUCGAGAAUCUCAUGUGGCACAAGCUGGUCCACCAGGCUGCCCCUGAGCGCCUGCUCCCACCCACACCUGGCGGUCCCCAGCCCCAGGACGGCUCUGGCAGUGCCGAUGCAGCCAGUGUGCUGGACAAUGGGUUGGCAGGAGAGGUGGGGGCGGCUGUGGCAGCGCUGGCAGGCGUGUCUGGGGGUGACGACGCUGGCGGAACGGCGGUGGCUGGAGGCGGUGGGGGUGCCAGUUCAGGCCCUGAGCGCUUCAGCUGUGCCACAUGUGGCCAGAGCUUCAAGCAUUUCCUGGGCCUGGUGACUCACAAGUAUGUGCACCUGGUGCGGCGGACCCUAGGCUGUGGCCUCUGUGGCCAGAGCUUCGCUGGUGCUUACGACCUGCUCCUGCACCGCCGCAGCCACCGGCAGAAGCGAGGCUUCCGCUGCCCAGUGUGUGGCAAGCGCUUCUGGGAGGCAGCUCUGCUCAUGCGCCACCAGCGCUGUCACACAGAGCAGCGGCCCUACCGGUGCGGUGUGUGUGGCCGGGGCUUCCUGCGCUCCUGGUACCUGAGGCAACAUCGCGUGGUGCACACGGGCGAGCGCGCCUUCAAGUGCGGCGUGUGCGCCAAGCGCUUUGCGCAGUCCUCCAGCCUGGCAGAGCAUCGGCGUUUGCACGCGGUGGCCCGGCCCCAGCGUUGCGGCGCCUGCGGCAAGACCUUCAGAUACCGCUCCAACCUGCUGGAGCACCAGCGGCUGCACCUGGGUGAGCGCGCCUACCGCUGCGAGCACUGCGGGAAGGGCUUUUUCUACCUGAGCUCAGUACUGCGCCACCAGCGUGCCCAUGAGCCGCCGCGGCCCGAGCUCCGCUGCCCUGCCUGCCUCAAAGCCUUCAAGGACCCCGGCUACUUUCGGAAGCACCUGGCGGCCCACCAGGGCGGCCGGCCCUUCCGCUGCUCCUCCUGUGGCGAGGGCUUUGCCAACACCUAUGGCCUCAAGAAACACCGCUUGGCCCACAAAGCUGAGGGCCUUGGGGGUCCUGGGGCAGGGGCGGGCACCUUGGCGGGAAAGGAUGCCUGACAAGGAGGGGUUUCGGGUCCGCCGCUCGAUCAGAUGUGCUCUCCCGCACUCACCCCUUCCAGUUGCUGAUCAGACUCUUACCCCUCCUUGCUGUUGCCCCAGCCAUCCUUCAGAACUUCAGACAGACUAGCCUCCUAGAAGGCCCAUGGCGUCCAGACUCAAGACUGGAUCGCUCCCAUCCGGGACCUCUCUGGCUCUUCUCUUGUCCUGCCAGCCACUGAACCGGGUCCUCUGUCCAACCCCGUUUGUAACCUUCAUCAGCGCUCCCCCUCCCUUGCAAUAUUCUGUCCCCCAAUAAGCUUUGGUGGAGGAUGUGGGUGUGAACUGCCCCUCCCCAUUCCUUUGGGAUCUGGUUGGAAAGUGGAGUAUGAGUUGAGUCGGGAGGCCCCAGUGGGACGGGGUGCUCUUUUGGAUUGUGGGGGUGGGGGUGGGGUGGCAGACGCGGCUUGUACAGAGCGGAGGAUAAUAAAUCUUACCAACAGG